AUGGAGAAACCAAGAAGAUCACGCACAACCCGACGUCCAGAACAUGCCGAAAGAGUUUGCCAAUGUUUAGUUCUGGAGAAAGUUCAUCAACGCUUUGUGCAAAACUUUGAAACAGUCAAAAUCCCUGAAGCGAAGGGCCGAAAACCAUGUAAAUCAGUUGGUUUAUUGUUUCAAAAGGUAAGUUAGCUACUUUAUUAUCAUUUUAAGUUUAGUUACAACGUUUAGAAGCGUUGGCACAUGCCUUUCACAGUGCUUUAUUCUGCGGGGACAUUAAUCUUGUUGCUAAUGAUGGUGUUGUCAAAGCCCACUCGUUCGUAUUGAAAUACCGCACGAAUCUGAAACCGGUUGAUAACGAAGUGAGAAUAAAAGCUAAACUUGUUGAUGUAGAAGUUUGGCUACGGUACGUGUACACUGGUACUGUGAAUUGGUCCAAAAGCCAGAUGGACGUCUUGUCUAAUAUUGCUAAUGAGUUUGGACCGCCGGAUUUGGCUUGUUUCUUCAAUAAUGGUCAGUUUGAUGCUAGAAAGGAGAUGAUGGCUGACAAGGAGAUUCAAUGUAAUAGACUAUCUGUACAGUCUGGGCUUCGAAAGAGCUGUGAGAAGGGCGAAGUUGUGCCUUCAAGGGUAAUAUCAGAUAGUUUGGAGGAUUAUUCGGACGAAAGGCUGUGUAGCGUUGAAGAACCUGGUAAAAUAGAUGCAGAUAAUGUUGAAGAUGGUGUUGGGGAAAAUAUUUUGUUCUACGACGAGAUUCCGAUGGAAGACUUUAACUAUGAAGAAUAUUAUAAUCAGCUGGAUGAGCCUGCUGAUUUUGAAUUGAAUGUAAGUUUUUAGUGCUUUGUUUUAAACUUUAGGUUACUUUAUGGCUUUAAAAACCUAAAACCUGUGUUUUCAAGUUUAUUUUUAUUAAAAUUUCUUUGAAAAUCCCAUGUUUUAUCCUUUAUCCUUCAGGAGCCAAGUAUAAUAUGUGGAGAGAUGAAUAGUCUGGACGAUACGCUUGAAUUUGAUGAAAACUUUCGAAUUGAAACGACAACACCAAAGAGUAGGAGAAGAACAAAAGAUUUGGAAACCAGAUCGGAUGAUGUUUUAACCAAUAUUAUUGUGAACAAGAUUCUAACUCCUUACACUCAACGACAGGAAAUUCUGGAGCAGCAUCAGAAAGGAAAACCUGGUCAGAACUUAUCAACCAAAGAGAAUCAAAAGACGGGGAAGAAACAGAAGAAAAGUUACGAUUGCACUACGCCUUCUCGGCCGAAACGAACUUCUGAAUCAACUACGGUGUUGUCCAGGCCAGCUUCUUACUCUGACGCUACAGCAUCUAAAAUAUCUUCUGAUACUGAUAUUAUUGUGCUUGACACAGCCUCUGAUUUCAAUGCGUAUCUACCGUCAACUUCUGCUAGCGAACGAUAUACUGCUUCUGAAGCCUACUCUACAUUAUCGAGGGAUUCUGAAGGCCGCACGGUGUCAUCAAGCCGUUCUGAAGCCAACUUUGCAUCGUCGGUUUAUUCUGAAGUUAAUUUGAGGUCUUCAGGCGAUUCUGAUAGUAAUCUGAUCUCGAUAACAGAUUCUGAAGCCGCCUUAGCACCGUCAACGUAUUCAGAAGUCAAGUUGGCACGGCCAACGUAUUCUGAAGUUAGCACGGCAUCUUCAGCGUAUUCUAAAGCCAAUAAAGUAUCAAAGUCUUGUGAAUCAUAUUCUGUACCAUCAACAUCUACAGAAACCAGUUUUAAGACUCCAGAGACGAAGCGAACAACAGCAAUGGACAUUAACCUGAUGUUAUCCAUGAAGGUAGUGAAGACGACCAACAUCACUCCAAUGCCCAAUUAUAAACUCAUGUCUGAGUCGGAACUUAACGUAUGUUUUUCUGGGGUUAAGGUGGGCUUGUAAAAAGUUUCAAGCUGUAUUUUUGAGGGGGUGGUGAUUUUUUCAAAAAAAUUUUAACGAUCCCCCUGUUGAUUUUUUUAAAAAGAUAUUUUUUAUCACUGCCAAGUAAAACCCACCUUUCCCCAGCCUAUCAUGAUGCUAUUACCUAUCUUCCAGGCCUGCCUAGACUCCUUCGGCAUUCGGCCGAUGGGCAGAAAACGAGCGAUCGAAGUCCUGACCCGCGCCUUCCAAACCACUCAUCUCAUCUCGGACGAUGGCACGCCAACGAAGGCUGACGUCUACAGUGUGAUGAGGCGAUUCGAAAAAGAAAACGAGGAAAAACUGGCCAAGAAGAAACCUCCCAAAAUGAAAAUCCCAACCAAAAGACCGGCGGCUUCGGUCGAAACUUCCGAACCAUCGACCAAAGUCAUGGCUACGAUAAACAACGGGCUGAUUGAGCCGAUUAGACGGUGUAGCACUGAGGAAAUGGGUGCCGGUGGGGUGGCAGGUUUGUUUGAUUGGUUUUUAAAGGGCAUGGGCAAGGGAAUUUAGUAAUUUCAAGCUCUCGAUGAUUUAUUUGAUUUCUUUCUGAUAUUAGGUAACAAACUUUUUAAAAUUGAUUUUUAAGGCCAUCAGAUGAUUUUUGUUUCGUUAGGAAAUUCAUUUUUUGAAUUUUAAAACACGUUUUUUGUAAGGGCCGAGAACCCGACUCAACAGGAAAAAAGUCAAUGUAUCAGAAAUGCCUAAAAAUUGAAUAUAUGUUUCGUUAAAUAGCUAGAAAUUUAAAAAUACAAAAAAAAAUUUUCGAAGUUACAGUAUCAUGGAGUACUGUAGCUUGACCUCAUUUUUCAUAACUACGUUUUUUGUUCAAAGAUCGUCUUGGAUGUUGAUGACAAUACAUAGUUGCAUUAUAAAAUACAUCUAAAAAUUUAAAAAUAUAAUAUUUUUUUAUUUUAAACAUUCUAAACAGGCAAAAUUGCCCUAACAAAAACAUUCUAAACAGGCAAAAUUGCCCUAACAUGUUAGGUUAAACACGAAUUUUAACAUAGUUGUCCACGGUUUUGGAUCAAGUGUAUAGGCGCGUUAGAACCGCAAAAAAAUGUGCUUUAAACAAGCAAAAUAAAAAAUAAUGGCACAGUGGAAAUUUUAAAAGAAGUAGUAGGGUUACUGUAUUUCCUGAAAUAUGCAACUUUAUUUUUUAUGCAAAUUUGUGUCGCCAAAAGUACCAAGCAUACUAAUAAAAGUUUUGUAAAUGAAUUUAAAACAAAAAACAAACAUAUACAUUAAAAAACAUGAGUUAUUAUAUAAAAAAAGGCAUAUUUACCCUAAGGGGGUACCUUUAACUCAAAUUUUGAACACAUUCGCACCGGUGUUGGAACAAGCGGAUGGUAGCGUUAGAACCGCAAGAAAACGUACUUUAAGAAUGUGAAAUAAAAAAUAAUGGCACUGUGGACCGUUUUUGAGAAACUAAAAGAUUACUGUAACCGCGCGUAAAUAUGCAAAUUUUUCAACACUUUCCCGCAAUGAUAGAAACUUGAUGUAAUAAUAAAAAAUACGUUUUUGACAACGACAAACAUUAUGGUGAAAACCGCAUGUCUGUAUGACGUUUCGUUUUUGAGUUAUUAAAAAUGAGGUCAAGCUACAGUACUCCAUGAUACUGUAACUUCGAAAAUUUUUUUUUGUAUUUUUGAAUUUCUAGCUAUUUAACAAAACAUAUAUUCAAUUUUUAGGCAUUUCUGAGACAUCGACUUUUUUCCUGUCGAGUCAGGCAUUCAAUUUGCUCGAUUCUUAGAAAAAACGUGUUUUAAGUAAAAAAUAACUUUUUUUCAAAUUUUAGGUAACAAAUUUUUUUUAAAUUGUUUUUUAAAGCCAUCACACGUUUUUUUGUCAAUUUUUGAUAACAAACUGAACUUUUUUGAAUUUUUAGGUAUAGAAAUGUUUUUUUCCUAAUCUUAGGUAUCAAAAAUCCAUUCGAUCAAGACCGAAAAGGAAGAAGCAUCGAGGAUCUGUGUAAGAUAUUCAUAAAAUGGGUACGCGAGCCGGAAAACAGCGAACUGUAUGGUGAUGUACUGAAGAUGAACACUAUUCUAUUGGUGAGUUGAGUUUUAAUUAUAUAAAACUUUUAAAAAAUGGGAAUAUUAAGUUAUUAAAAUAAUUCUGUGCCCCCUCUCAAAGCAAUGUUCGGGGUUAGGGGGCACAGAAUUAUUUGAACGACUCAAUAUAUAGUUUUAAAAGGAUUUUCUUGUACUGUAAAGAAAGUUUUUGCCAUUUUUUGCACUGUAAUGAAAGUUCUUGCCAUCUUUUUUUUUGUAAAGAAAGUUAUUGCCGUUUAUUAUUAAAAUUAUUUUUCUAAGAUUUAUCUCGAAUUUUCAAUAAUUUAGGACGAUUUACUGUACAAAUUCGGCCCUGUAAUGCAAGAACAACGCAUCUCAAAGGUGGGUUUCUUGAAAGUUUUGGACCGUCUUCACAUUACCUACUCUGAUCGCACCACAAAUGGCAGUCAUUAUUGA